GAUUUAUACAAUCUCCUCUCUUCACUUCAUUCACUCAACAUAUACAGAUCGCAUUUGAAUCAGCUGCUUCUUCUCCUACUAGUACUUGUAAAGUGAAUUACAAGUGUCGGCUCGGGGAGGCUGGGUGCAGUUGGGAUUUCUGAAUGCUAUUUUUAAAUGUCACGAAGGUAUGAUAGCCGGACAACAAUCUUCUCCCCUGAGGGCCGUCUCUACCAGGUUGAAUAUGCUAUGGAGGCCAUAGGAAAUGCAGGUUCUGCUAUAGGGAUUUUGUCAAAGGAUGGAGUUGUGUUAGUUGGUGAAAAGAAGGUCACUUCUAAACUACUCCAGACUUCAACAUCAACUGAAAAGAUGUACAAGAUUGAUGAUCAUGUUGCAUGUGCUGUGGCCGGAAUAAUGUCUGAUGCCAACAUUCUCAUCAACACUGCUAGAGUCCAGGCUCAGAGAUAUACGUUAUCGUACCAAGAGCCAAUGCCUGUCGAGCAGCUAGUUCAGUCACUUUGCGACACCAAACAAGGCUAUACACAGUUUGGUGGGCUUCGUCCAUUUGGGGUUUCAUUUCUUUUUGCAGGUUGGGAUAAGAAUUACGGCUUUCAACUUUACAUGAGUGACCCAAGUGGAAAUUAUGGGGGUUGGAAGGCAGCAGCUGUCGGUGCUAACAACCAGGCAGCACAAUCGAUGCUGAAGCAGGAUUACAAGGACGAUAUCACAAGGGAGGAGGCAGUACAGCUUGCACUGAAGGUUCUCAGCAAGACAAUGGACAGCACAAGUCUAACGUCCGAGAAGCUUGAACUGGCAGAGGUAUAUAUGUCUUCAGGAAAAGUGAAGUACCAAGUCUGCUCACCUGAGGCCCUGAGUAAGCUUUUGGUCAAGUAUGGUGUUACUCAACCCCCUGCAGAGACCUCUUAACUUGUAUGCUGUACUGGUCAUUACAGACAUGCUAUUGUUUUCUUGCUGUGAUACAUUGAAUUUUCUGUUUUAAAGACUGCAGGGCAAGAAAUUUGUUAUGGAUUGUAAUAUCUUUGCACUCUCUUAUUUACCUUUUAAGUUAAUGCUUCCCUUUUUAUGCUA